AAUAUCUAAAUGUCUAUUCCAUAACUUCAAAAAUUUGAAUAUCAGCGAUAUUUUUUAUUAAUAUACAGAACAGAUUUAUUUAAGUCUAGAAGCAAAUCAAAUUUAUGCAAAUCAGCUAUGGGAGACGCAGAUAGUGAAAUUAUCGUUCCAGUAAAUGAGAUCGAAUCUUGGAUGGAUGAAGCGUUGGGAGUAGUAGAUGAAGGAUUAGAUCAUCUUUUUCUGUACAUGAUGAAUGUUAACGAUCGCACAAAACAGAUUUUGAUGAAACUUGAAAGCUUGGAGUAUUUUCGGAAUCUGUUCCUGGCCAUGAAUCUAUUGAUCGUUCCAGUGGUGAUAGCAAUUCUAUUAUGUUUUAGCACCAGAAAUACCGUUGACAGAUCUGGUCUUGAAGUCGGGUAUCAACUAGUGGUAACAUUUUUGAUGUUCAUCUCAGGCAGUCUAGGUGUUCCUCUUUACAUUUAUUCAUUAUGGGAAUUGCAUAAUGCUAACAAAAAGUUGAGAAGCGAAUUAGUGGCCAUAAGGCAAGGUGUGCCGAGAACAGAUUCUGGGAGAUUGGACAGUACAUCAUUGUCAGAAGACAGUUUUUUGACCUUCAUAUCCAAUGAGACAUCCUUAGAGAGGUAUAAUGAUUUUGCCCGAAUGCUGAACGAUCGGAUGCCAGAAACUAUGAGGGCUGAUAUCGGAAGAAGAAGAGGUGUGGUUACAGUCAAUGGUCCAAGUGAAGAAAGUCGAUUGAUUGCUUUGCAAACGGAGAAUUCUUCAAAUAUACCUUCAGAAGAAAUGAUUACGGAAAACAGUUCAGCUAGCGAUAUUACAUUCCAAGAAACUAAUGAAAAUGAAAGCGAUAUGGAUAAACAAACAGUCAAAGAUGAGUCUAAUAAGGCCGGCAGCUCAAAUUGUUUGGAACAGGAUACAAAAGAGCAUGAAAUCACGAUGUUAUAUCCGAUUGAAACAUGGAAUCCAGUCUUAAGCACUACAUCCACAUGUAUCUAAACGUAAUCAUGGAUUCUGCAGUAUUCCUUUAACAACCAGCACGGGAACAUUUUGGAAUCAUAAUUUCUGUU